UUUGUAAAAAAUACCUUGCUUCUUGAACCGUCUCCUUUCCUUGGACGACGUUCCUUGGUCAACGCCACACAGGGCCGUUACCGUUUGAGGUCAACUCCACCACUGGGCAGUUACCUUUUAAUUCUGGCCAACACCUCUUACGGGCAGUUGCCUUUGUCUUUUGGCCAACUCCUCUCGUGGGUAGUUGCCUUCUUCUUUUGGCCAACUCCUCUCUUUGAUUGGCGGAAUAAAGAACAAGGAAAAGGGGCUUUCUAUCUUCAAGAGGGAUCUGGUCAGCAACAGAGUUUUGGAGCUGAGAGGAUCAUUUGGUUUUAUAAUGAAGUGAUUUGUGAUAUGGAUAAGGAUAAGAGAGGAAGCAAAGAAGCUGCAUUUCUUCAUGCUGUAACUUCGGCUGGAGUCACUUACGCCGUGAGUCGGAGUUGCAGUCGGGGCGAUUUAGCCACUUGCCAUUGCGACAAAAAAACAUGGGGCGGUUGCACUGACAACGUGCGCUACGGCAGCGUUUUCACGCGGAAGUUCGUGGACUCCAAGGACAAGUUCACUCGUGACGCCCGGGCCCAGAUGAACCUGCACAAUAACCGUGCUGGGCGAAAGGCGGUGAGGCGACAUCUGUCGUUGGACUGCAAGUGCCACGGGGUUUCCGGUUCCUGCGCAGUGCGGACUUGCUGGCAGAGACUGGAGAGCUUCCGCGGGAUCGGCGACUUCCUCAAGCGGAAGUUCGACAGUGCGACGGAAGUGACACUGAGCCCCGACGGCGCCGGUCUCGUCGUCAGCAAUGCCUGGGCUGCUCAGCCACCCACCAAGGGCGACCUGGUGUAUUUCGAAGAGAGUCCAGAUUUUUGCGAAGCCAAUGCAGAAGGUCAGUCGUCUAUUCUUUUUUUUUCAAUCUAUCCAUUUGAAACUGCUCAAGUAUUUGAAGUUAUGAUACAUGCGAAAAUUUCGCAACGCAGCUUC